AUGGACGUAGAGCGCAUAGACGAUUGGCAGUUCAGUGUCAAGUCUGGAGCAGGCUUGUACAAUGUAGAUUUGGAACUCCGAACAUGCUCUUGUGGGGUGUUUGAAGUUGAGAAGAUACCUUGCUCACACGCCAUUGCUGCAAUUAACGACGCGCGCUUACUUGUCUCUUCAUACGUGAGUCCAGCGUACAAUAAAAACACUGUACACGCUACCUAUGCGCAUCCGCUCUAUCCUUCAGCAUCAAACUUUUCAUUCGUUAAAAAGGAACCUUGUCCCCCCGGAGCCUGCACCGGCCCUGGCAGGAAAAAGAAAUCAAGGUGGCAAACUUGGUUAGAGUUGGCACGGAAGAGGAACAACAAACCGAGAAAGAUGCCAAAGAAGUACACGUGUUCCAAGUGCAAAUUACCAGGUCAUACACGGCCAAAAUGUGUAAGUAUUUUGUAA